GAUACUUUCAAAAAAAAAAAAAUAAAAAAAAAAAAAUAACCACGACGACACACCUUAGCAAACCACCAUGGACUUCUCGCAAUUCAACGAUGCUGAACGCAACCAUCUCCAGCGUGUCAUGGAGCAGAAGCAGAUGAAAGACUUCUUGAAGCUCUACAGUGGACUGGUCGAACGUUGCUUUAAUGACUGUGUCAAUGACUUUACCUCCAAGACUCUCACUUCAAAAGAGGAGGGUUGCAUACAAAAGUGUGCUGACAAGUUCUUGAAGCACUCGGAGCGUGUUGGUCAGAGGUUUGCAGAGGCUAACGCUGAGAUGAUGGGUGGAGCCAAGUAGAAGAAAU